CGGUUCCCUGACUCCAUGCUGGGGGCCAUGUUCCGCGAUCCACAGCCAGCCCUCCUGGACAGCUGCGGGAACUACUUCAUCGACCGGGACGGCAAGACCUUCCGCCACGUCCUGAACUUCCUCCGUUUUGGCCGGCUGGACCUUCCGGAGGGCUACGCCGAGCUCUCCCUGCUGCGGGCCGAGGCGGACUUCUACCAGAUCCGUCCCCUUCUGGAGGAGCUGCGGCGGGUCGAGGUGGAGCGGUGGCGCCAGCGGACCAACGCGGUGCUCCACGCAGAUGUGGACUUGCACCUGCGCCGGCUGCACUUCAACGUGCGCCGUGGGCCGCAGAACUACGAACUCAGCUCUUGCUGCCUUGAGAUCUUCACGGCCAACGUCUUCUGCACGGACAGGCACUUCCUGGCCGUCCUACGUAGACGCCUGGGCCGCCCCGAAUGCGCCAACGGGAGUUUGGACAAAGGGCCUUCUGGGGGGAAGCCGGACCAGUCUCAGAGAGGGCCAGGGUUUCCAGAAGUCCACGCAGCCCACAGGGAGGGCAGAGGACGUAAGAGGCAGCUGGACGGUUGGUCGUCUAAUGGCGAUCUGAGAAUUUGCCUGGGCGAUUCCAUGGAAGAAGAUGUGGAAACGGAUGAUGAGACGCCGGACUGUUCUCCAGAAACGUCCCAUGUAGAAAGCACAAUGUGCCACCACCUUUGCUUGGAGUGGGCCCCAUGCCCACCUGCUCUGCCCACUGCAGAGUAUGCCAAACAGAAGCUGCACCCCCUGCGUGUGGACGGCAGAGAGAUCAGGUCCUCCAAUGAAUUCCUGGAGGAGGUGCUGAAGGUGGCACUCGCGCAAGGCUUCCGCGUGGAUUUGGUGUUCCCUGACCCGGCGGAUAUCCUGAAUGCCCGCUCUGUGCGGCUUGCGCGGCAUUGAGCGGCGUCCCCCCGAACACCAGGGCAGAGAGGUAGACUGUGGCAGCCAGCUCUGCCUCGAGCAGAAUCGACAGGAUCUCAUCCGUUGCCUCUGCUUUCGGCCUCCGACGUAGCAGCGAAGCAGAAGAGCCGUG